ACCAACAGAUAUUGUUUAGAUUUCUUUGUGUAAACUAUAAACUUCUCUCUAUCUUGUGAGUGAGAGAGAGAAUGGUUUCCAAGGCUCACAAGAGAACAACAGCCAUGUACAGAAGAAACUUACAACUGCUACGUUCCAUCACUUACUCCACUUCCCAAGAGAAAACUUCAUUGAUAUUGGAAGCAACCGAAUAUAUACGAGAUUUAAAGCAAAAACUGGAAGAACUGAACCUGUUAGCAGUUGCAACCGCACAAAAAUUUGUUGAUUAUGAUCCACUGCCUAAGGUUAGGGUUCAGGUAAAAGAAGAGGGAUUUGUGAUCAAGGUGCAUAGUGAAAGAAGUUGCAAGGGAUUGCUAGUGUUCAUCUUGGAAGCCUUUGAAGAAAUUGGUCUUGAAGUGUUGCAGGCUAGGGUUUCUUGUGUUGAUAACUUCUGUCUAGAAGCUGUUGGGAACAAAGAGAACAAUGAAGAUACUCGUCUUUUGAAUGAACAAUUAAUCGAACAAGUAGUGUCUCAAGCUAUUCGAAACUGGAGGGAAGUUACACGAGAUUCAUGAUCCAACAAGAGCUCUUGUAUCUGAUCAGAAAAAUCUAUGGUUAUUAAUGCUUUAGUUCUCCUUGUAAAGUACUACUUAACAUGGGUGGAAAAGUUUGUACCUCUGAUGAAUAUGUUAAAUUUCAAUUUUCUUAAGGCAAACAUAAUAUCUAUAAUAGAGAAUAGUACACCGAACUACAUACAACGAUGCUAUUGGAAACCACAAGCAGUAGCAAGCUGAUAGAACUAAACACUAAAAAGUAUUACUAAAGAAAACAAAUCAAACAAAAACAAAAGUAUAAAAUAAUACAUCUUUUUUUUUAAUCAAAAUUGAAUUGAAAAAGCACUGGGGUGAUUAACCCAAAU